AUGGCAGAUGUUUCAGAUUUAUUUAUUGAGAGAUUGUAUCGGAUUAGUGAUCAAAGUUUUAAGAAAUGUGGAACUUCUAUUAUGCUUAUAAAUCAAGAAGGUGACGUACUUUACAAGAUAAUGCCAAUUUCAAAUUACACAGAGGCUAGAUUCUACCAAUUGGCAUACCAAAACACAUUGGAUACUUCAAAUGUGUAUUUAGACAUUCACACAGAUGAAGUUUGGGGCAUAGUAUCUGAACUUGACUACGAUUGUUCCAUUGCAAUAGGGUUAGAAAAUAUAAUUUACGGAUAUGAAAUUCCCGCAGUUGCUGAUAUUAAAUUGGGUAUGUCACAUCCCAUGAAUUAUACAUAUGAAUCUGAUGUAUCGAGUGAUGAUAUCCCAAAAUAUAUUGACAAAUGGCGUUCUAUUAAAUCACAAUUAAGAAAUGAAUAUUUUAAUGACCCUAUAAAAGCUAAUUCAUUGAUUAGGCAAAUUACUGCUCAAAUGAUAGGAUUGCCGUCUCAAUAUCAUCAUUACAGCACUGAUGACAUAUACAAUUUGCUAAAGAAAUGGAGACAAAUUCAAGCUUCGCAUGAUACAACACAGGCUAGCUUGGGUUUAAGAAUAUGUUCAAUGAAUUAUAAGAAUUGUGAUAGUGAAGUGACAGAUUUAACGCCAAACAUAAGUAAAAAUUUUACAGAUAACGAAUGUAUUAAUCACAUAUCACGAUACAUUGAGAUUGGAAAUUUAUGGCGAAUUAGUAAUAAGAUUAAACUAUUAUCAAAAUGGAUAUCAAACCAGCACGUAACAUUUUGUGCUACAUCAUUACUCAUUGUAUUCGAUCAGAACAACUUGGAAAAUUUUGAUGUACGGUGGAUUGACUUCAAUUACGUAUUGCCUAUUAAACAUAAAAAAUCAGAUAGUUGCGAUGUAAAUGUGCUAAAAGGGUUACAACUAAUAAGCAACUUAUGUGUCAGAUGA